CUGGCCAUGGCCAAUGAGGAGGCGGGAAUGAGGGGCGGGAGAAGUGGACGCCAAGUUGUCCUGCCGGGACGUGGGUGGCCUAGACGGCUUUAGUGCCAGGCUCUUUAUCUCCAAUGGAUACUGAGGGGUUUGGUGAGCUCCUUCAGCAAGCUGAACAGCUGGCCGCUGAGACUGAGGGCAUCUCAGAGCUUCCCCAUGUGGAACGGAACCUACAGGAGAUCCAGCAGGCGGGCGAGCGCCUGCGUUCCCGAACUCUCACUCGCACGUCCCAGGAGACAGCAGAUGUCAAGGCGUCAGUUCUCCUUGGGUCUCGGGGACUUGACAUAUCCCACAUCUCCCAGCGAUUGGAGAGUCUCAGUGCGGCCACUACCUUUGAGCCUCUUGAGCCUGUGGAGGACACAGACAUUCAGGUAGGGGCUGCCAGGCUCCAGGACUGGUAGUGUGUUGAGCGUGCAACCCAGGCUGAAGGCCCUGGCCCUUUGUUGACCAGCAGAUUUAGGAAUUUCAGAUUUAGUUUAAUUCUCUUCUUCCUCAGAUAUUAAGAGAAGGGGAGGCUCAGCUUUGGAGGUAUAGUUAUUUUGGGUUAUUUUCAGAGUGCUG